GCCAAGCAGGCGGAGGGAGUGUGCGGCUCACACGGACUGGGUCUGAUCGGCCCUGCGAUCACACGAUAAGGCUCUUCAGGCCACCAGGAGGGGGGAGAUAUGGAGGUGGAGGGAGUCUGAUCAGAGAAGACUGUCUACAGGAGCGGAUGGACGCGGGGCUCGCGGGCUAGAAGCCACCACCACGAUGCUCCAUCGAAAUAUGAGGACAGCCGGCGUGGACCUGCCGGGAGUGGGGUCUAAAGAUGUGCCUCUCAUCGGCUAUCGCCCUCUACAGCCGGGGACCGACAGCUCUCAGCCUGCCGAUCAGCCAGGGAAAGAAGCCGGAGCUAAAGAACAUGCCGCCUCACAGGUCGAAGCUUCCCCAUGAAAACCACCUGGUACUGUCCACUCAACCUGUCCACUGUGUCUGAGAAGGAGGAGGAUGGCAUCAUCUACACAGUAAUAGUGAAGCCACAGCAUGGCAGCUCCAAUCCACAGCUCCUGCUGACCCCUCGGCCUCCUCUCUCCCAGUCCGCAGGCCAGCGCUCGCAGUGUGUGAAGGCCGGGACGGAGGAGAAGCUGGUCCUUCACCUCCUCCACUCCUUCUCCAUGGAGGACUCGUCAUUCAUCUCCAUCUUCCUCUCCACCUACCGCUCCUUCACCACCACACAGAGGGUGCUGGACAUCCUGACGGACAGACUGGGAAACCCACCAGGAGAGAGUAGCAGUCCCACCCGGCAAGCCUUCAACAAGGCGGUGUGUACCGUGUUCAGCACAUGGUUGAGCGAGUAUCCGGAGGACUUUCGCUCUCUGGGGGAUCCGUCUCGCCUGCUGCGCCUCACCCCCCUGCUGCCCCCGGACGCGGCAGGAGCUGACCUUAGAGGCAGGCUGCUCAGGAUCGCAGAGGAGCUGAGCGAGAAAGCACUGAUUCCUGACCAGCCUACAGAUCCUGCCAGUACUCUCCUCCAAACUCCUCCUGACCCUGAAAAGUUUGAUGCCACCAGCAUUCUAGGCUUCCCCUCCAGUGUGAUAGCAGAGCAGCUGACCAAGAUCGAGACGGAGCUCUUUCUGAAGCUAGUGCCCUACCAUUGUCUGGGUUCGCUGUGGUCUCAGAGAGAUAAGAAAGGCCGGGAAGGAGUGUGCUGGUCAGUCAGAGCCACAGUCCGGCAGUUUAACCGGCUGGCCAACGCUGUGACCGCCUCCUGCCUGUGGCAGACAGAGCUAAAGAGCCAGCAGAGGUCACGCCUUCUGGAGAAAUGGAUCAGCGUGGCCGAGGCUUGUCGAGCUAGGAAGAACUUUUCAUCCCUGUAUGCCAUUGUGUCAGCCCUGCAGAGUAACCCCAUCCACAGACUGAGGAAAACCUGGCAGGAGACGGACAGGGAGGCAGUGAAACGCUACGAGGAGCUGGCCUACAUUUUCUCAGAGAAAGACAACUACUCCCAGAGCCGCGAGCUGCUCAAAGAAGAGGGAACUUCCAAAUCCGCUAAUGUAGACACUAAAAUCAACAACAGAAGACACACGUCCAGCGCUCAGGGAACCGUGCCGUACCUGGGCAUCUUCUUGACUGAUCUCACAAUGCUGGACGCUGCAGUAAAGGACAGGCUAGAGAAUGGCUAUAUCAACUUUGACAAGCGGAGACGAGAGUUUGAGGUUCUUGCCAAAAUCCGGCUGCUCCAGUCGUCCUGCAGAAACAGCACUUUCAGAGCAGAUGAGUCGUUUUUGCACUGGUACCACAGUGUGCCUACGCUGACCGAAGAGGAGAGCUACAGACUGUCCAAUCAGAUUGAGGCUCAUGGUGAACCAAGUCCUGGACGUGCUCUGCACCCUACAGUGGUCAUCACAGAGUGUCCUGAUGCUCUCGCUGUGACAAGCUCUGGCGUCGAUCCUGAUGGAAUAUUUGACUUCCCUUCGCCUGUCAAUCACUUGCUUUCAAAGCUUGCCAAGCAUAUGAAAUCCCCCUCCGUUUCCUGUCUGGAUGUUGAUUCGUCCCCACCGCCCACUGACCCCAUCCCCUCCGCACUGACCACACCCACUGUCGUCAAAUCACACCGCCGCUCCGUCUCCUGUGGCAACGCUCCCUCCAAUACCUCCCCAGGGGCAGGGCCAGACAUGAGAAUCGUCAAGAUACGGAUGGAUUUGCAAGACGGGAAUUUGUAUCGAAGCAUUCUGGUUACUAGUAAUGACAAGACUCCCACUGUAAUCAGUUCUGCAUUAGAGAAGCACAACCAAGACCCUCGAGAGGCCUCCAAAUACGAGCUCAUCCAACUGCUUCCAGACGGAAAAGAGUUGACAAUACCCGCCACAGGAAAUGUCUUCUAUGCCAUGACCUCAGCCAGCACGGACUUCCUGCUCAGAAGACGAGGGGGAAACACACCAGUGGGCUCGCCGUCUCUCAACGAAACCAGCGCAACUUUUCCACGGAUCAAGGCCAAGGGCCGGAGACUCGUCCGAACACUCUUUUAACACCAGUCAAAACAAUACUUACGCUAGUCUACAUGCUUCAAUACAAUACAAUACAAAUGUGAAGGUAAAGCUAAAUGGCAGUACAUUUUCUCGUCAAGUCUUAAAGCUUAAAGGUUCCAUUCUACUUCAGACAUAUAUGUGAGAGCAACCAGCUACAUACUGAAGGAGCUGUUCAUACAGAAAUGUAGACAGUUUUUCCCCUACCUGAAAUGUAUUCAAUCAGCCAAGGCAUGUGUGGUGUCCUCUGUUUGCUUCCUGGGCUUUGCAUUGCAGCUGCAAGGCUAAUGUAGCUAAUGGAAGCUUAAGCGCCAACAGUUAGCAUGGUGCAUGAAUAUCAUCGCAAAUUUGCCUCAAACAGUAUCUAGGAAUCUCAAAUAGACUUGCUUACAUGCAUCAUGAAACCUGUUCAUGCUUCUGUUUGUUAGCGACAUUAGCAUCUGCAGCUGCCAAUGAAUCAAACUUCAGACACCAAAUGUGGCUUUGCUAAACGUUUGGGUGAGGGAAAAGUUGUGUAAAUUAGAUUUUUCACAAAACUAUUCUGUUCAUAUGAAGCUUAGGUUGGAUUUUCUCUCAGAUGUUGGCUAAGCCUCGCUCAACACUGCACUAAUUUUUCCGCAUUUCAAAGGUUCAACCUGUUUCAACUAAGACAAUGAUGAGGACAGUGACGUUGCCAACUUCAUGGCUUUUUCAGGUUCCCGUCUACCUCUAAAGAAUUACAGUUAACGUCAGUUCAAGCAAAUCCAUAAAAAGGCUGCAUUAUCAGUGAACCGUGGAUGAUGCGCUAACAAAACACAACACAACAAAAUGACGUGUAGCACUUAAGGGUACUUACCAUACAGGUUAAAACAUGUCUUACAGUGAACUGUUAACUGUGGGAAUCUGGGUCAACAUGAAGACUGACUUACUUUGAAGGAAUAGUUCUGUCAAAAAAGCUAAUGUUGCUAACAACCAAUGAAAACGAACA